CGCCGCGUCUGCGGACAAACUAAUCUAAGUUGGGACCCACUCAAGCUGCGGUCGCCAGCGGUGCGCUGAGCCUUUCAGCCUGGGCUUGGAACCCGCCCCGUCGCGGACCCUGUGCUCGCCCCAGAGCUUGCACGCGGCGUGCCUGGACAGCAUGCUCCGGGUCCUUCUCCUUGGAAUGCUGGCCCCGGCUGGCCUGGGGCUCCCGGUGCCCACAGACCCGCAACCCCGCGGUAGCCAGUGCGUCGAGCAUGACUGCUUUGCGCUUUUCCGGGGCCCCGCCACUUUCCUUGCUGCCAGCCAGGUGUGCGAGCAUCUGCAGGGCCACCUGAUGACCGUGCGCUCCUCGGUGGCUGCUGAUGUCAUCUCACUACUACUAAGCGGAGACAGUGACAACGGCCCAAACCUCUGGAUCGGCUUGCAGUUCCCGCCGGGCUGCAAGGACCCGGGGCACCUCGGGCCCUUGCGCGGCUUCCAGUGGGUUACGGGCGACAACAGCACCAGCUACAGCAGGUGGGAGAGGCUCCAGGAGGGCCGGACCCCCAUCUGUGGUCCGCUGUGCGUGGCUGUCUCCACCGUCAGGUCGCCUGCACCCGGAGAGCCGGCUUGGGAGGAGCGGCAGUGCACAGCGGAGGCCGAGGGCUUCCUGUGCGAGUUCCACUUCGCAGCCUCCUGCAGGCCCCUGGCGGUGGAGUCCCGCGCCGCAGUAGCAGCCAACGUCUCCAUCACCUACAGCACUCCCUUCGGGGCCAGCGGCGCAGACUUCCAGGCGCUUCCCCAGGGUAGCUCAGCCACGGUGGCGCCCUUCGGAGUGGAAUUGGUGUGCUCGGCGGUGGCUGGAGAGGUCGAGGCGCGCUGGGACCGGGUGACUCCGGGCGCCUGGGACUGCAGCGUGGAGAAUGGCGGCUGUGAGCACUCCUGCAACCAGAGCGCCGGGGCGUCCCACUGCUUCUGCCUGGGUGAUGCAGUCUUGCAGGCCGACGGGCGCUCCUGCGCCACAGCACCUGUGGAGCCCUCCUGCGAGUCCCUCUGCGAGCACUUCUGUGUACGCAACCCGGACGUGCCCGGCGCCUACACCUGCAUGUGUGAAACGGGCUACCAGCUGGCUGCUGACCAGCACCGGUGCGAGGACGUGGACGACUGUUUGCAAGUGCCCAGCCUAUGUCCACAGCGCUGUGUGAACACACAAGGUGGUUUCGAGUGCCAGUGCUACCCUGGCUACGACCUGCUGGAUGGUGAAUGCAUAGAGCCCCUGGACCCGUGCUUUGGGACUGACUGCGAGUACCAGUGCCAACCCCUGGGCCAGACUGACUACCGCUGCAUUUGUGCAGAGGGCUUUGUGCCCAAAGCCGAUGACCCCAGCAGGUGCCAGAUGUUCUGUAACCAAACUUCGUGUCCAGCUGACUGUGACCCCAACAACCCAGACAACUGCCAGUGCCCUGAUGGCUACAUCCUGGACGACGGUUCCAUGUGCACUGACAUCGACGAGUGUGACAAUAACUACUGUCCACACGAGUGCCGCAACCUCCCUGGUAGUUACCAGUGCCUCUGUGGGCCGGACUCGGCCCUUGCUGGCCAGGCUGGCACUGACUGUGACAUCAGUGAGGUACAAGAUGAGGAAGGCUCUGGGGAGCCCUCCGUUCGCCCAACACCUACUGCUACCUUGAGCCCAUCCCCGACAGGACCUGUACAUUCUGGGGUGCUCAUUGGCAUCUCCAUUGCAAGCCUGUCUCUUGUCGUGGCGCUUUUGGCUCUCCUCUGUCACCUGCGCAAAAAGCAAGGGGCCAUGAGAGCUGAACUGGAGUAUAAGUGUGGGUCCCCUGCUAAGGAGGUGGUCCUGCAGCAAGUGAGGACGCCUCAAAAACUCUGAAGGUUCUCCCUGCCCACUGUCUUAUUCCCCACUGCCCCCAGCCUGACUCCCUGGCUACCUUGGCUGGCAUCAGAACUGGAGAAGACGCCCCACACCUCUUGCCGCCGACUCUGUGCCUGGUGGAGGAGGGAGUCUGGAAGGAGGAUGCACCCCAGCCACAUGCAUGACAGAUGUCAUGGGACAAGCAGGCCGAGAUGGCAGUGAAGACUCAGAUUGCAGUGUCCCAUGCCCUCGCCUGGGCACAGGCAGCGUGAGCACUAUUGGUCAGCAGCCCUUUGGGCAGACUGUGAUCCUGUGGAUGGACUAGUGAGUGUAAAUGAAUAGCUGGUGAUGAUCAAAUAUUUAUUUUUUAGGUUUUAAGGUCUUUCCCCCUUUAGUUGGCUUUUCUUCUGCAGGUGUGCUCUGUAACCCUCACUCCUCCCACUCACUUCCCCCUUCCCUAUCUAUGUAGUUCUAUGCUCCCACUUGUCCUGCCACAUUUAACUAUUUUGGGAAUUUCCCCCCCAGUCCUUCUGCAUCAAUGAAGCCACCCCCCACCCCCACUUCCUCUCUCAGGAGCUCUGUCAAGGACCCCAUACUGCCCUAUCUGCCUUUGAUCUUACUUUUGCUUUCAGCUGUCUGCCUGAGCAGAAUUUCCAUGUGAAAUAGAAAUGAAAACACUAAAAGUAAGAAUGGUUGGGCAUUUGAUCUUUCACAGAUUUGCUAAUUUAUUCUGAACCUUUCGCUUUUGAGAGUAAUAUCAUUUUAACAAAGGAUAAGACUGAGAAGCAUUUGUUAAAAUAAUGUUAAUGGGCUGUCAGAGAAAUUAAACCCAAGGAGUUUUUUAUUUUUAUUUUUUAAACAGUGAGCCUGGGUUUUAUUGUUGUUGCUGUUUUGGUUUGGACUGAAUGGUGAUGAUAAUAAUAGUUGUUAAGUUUCUUAAGCAAUUUCUUUCCCCAUUGUUAUUGUUAUUGUUAUGAUUAAUUUUAGACAAUGUUAAGAUGUUCACUUAUUUUCUUUUUCAUUGAAAAUGAAUGGAAUGACUUCCAGGAGACAGGUUAAGAAAGUUCUGGGCUGCAUGGUUCAUAACCAUUUAACUCGCACUUAUUAUAAAUUAUAAGUGUAACUAAAACCAGCUGUACUGGUUUUGUGGGGUUUGGGAGCUUGGAGAUGGCAUCUGCAGGACUUAGGAGCCCCACCUUGUUCACUUCAAAGAACCCUGCCAGGUCUGACAGAUUGGAAUCUGGCCCCUGCAUAAAAGUGGGGUCUGUCUGGGAGAGCUGGUGGGAGAUGUACAGUCAGGCUCUCCUCCUCUACUGCAGGAGAGGCUGCACUUUAAUCAGAUCUUCAAGGAGGUUGUCUGCCCACUAUAGUUUGAAGAAAAUUGUUCCAGGCAGUUCCCUACUUCCUGAAGUAUAUUAACUAUGGUCCAAUAAUGAGUAGCAGGCCAAGUUAGGCCCUUUGUUCUCAAGAAACUGAGGAAUUUUUAUUUUCCAGCUUUGCUUUUUGAUAGAAAAGAUUAGGUACACACCUCUCUUGACGUUGCUGCACAGGGUAGAAGAGCUUUGGUUCGACUAAGCUAGAAAUUGGUGACUUCCUCGUAGGAACAAAAAUGUAUCAGAUUAAGUGUAUCUUUGGUGAUGCAAAGGUUUUCCUCUGCUAUUUUGUAAACUCAGCACAUUUGUACAUAGUUAUUUAUUUAUUGGAGAUAAAGGAAAACACGGGCAAAACCCUUGCUUAUGACAUCACAUGUGGAAAAUAAACGAAUA